AAAUCGCUAUUAGAUGUUUAAUUUUUGUUAUCACUCAGGCAAAUCCAAAACAAAAAAUGGUUCCUUUUCCUCGAAUGCUUAAUUAGCAGCAGCUCAUUUUCCCUCUAUUUUGUAUAAUUGUAUUAAUUAAUUAAUAAGUUUCAAUUAAAAGUUUUCGAAGAAAAAUGUCUCAAAAAGUCGACUGGGCAAAGUAUGUAGCCCAAGCGGAAACAAAGCUUUCUUCAAUAAAUUUGAAGCAGGCCACUGCUGACCAGAGCCAUUUGGGCGAACUAGACGAUGAGGCCCCCGAUCAUUUCAGUCCGGCAGAAGCCAGUCUUCUUUCUAAAAUCAUUCGAAAGGGUCUUGUCGAGUCCAAAAAUGAUAUCGAAGUGCAAAGAAAAGAUCCCAGAUCUCCGUUGUACUCUGUUAAAACGUUUGAAGCUUUGAACUUGAAACCAAACUUACUGAAAGGUGUUUACGAAAUGGGUUUCAACGCACCAUCAAAAAUUCAAGAGCUAGCUCUACCAGCAUUAUUGGCAGAACCGAGCCAGAAUUUGAUUGCGCAAGCCCAGUCUGGUACAGGCAAAACUGCCGCUUUUGUGCUGGCAAUGUUAAGCAGGGUGGACGCUACUAAACCUUAUCCUCAGGCCAUAUGCCUUUCCCCUACAUAUGAGCUAGCAAUUCAAACUGGUGAAGCAGCCGCUCAUAUGGCUAAAUUUUGUCCUGAAAUCGAAUUGAGAUAUGCUGUUAGAGGAGAACAAGUUUCUAGAGGUUCACAAUUGACUGAGCAUAUUAUAAUCGGUACCCCAGGCAAAGUUUUAGAUUGGGCUCUAAAAUUUAAAAUCUUCGAUAUUAAAAAAAUUUCUGUGUUUGUACUGGACGAGGCUGAUGUUAUGAUUGACCAACAAGGACAUCAAGAUCAAUGUAUCAGAAUUCACAAACAAUUGAGCACAUCUUGCCAGAUGAUGUUUUUCUCAGCCACCUAUAGUCAAGAAGUUAUGGAUUUCUCUGAGCAUAUUGUUAAAAAUCCAAUUAUAAUUAAGCUCAAACGUGAAGAGGAAAUUUUGAAUAACAUUGGACAGUAUUACGUCAAAUGUUCAUCAGCUGAAGAAAAAUACAAUGCCAUUACAAAUAUUUAUGGGACUUUGGCAAUAGGACAAGCUAUUAUUUUCUGCCAUACACGAAAAGCUGCAGCAUGGUUGGCUGCAAAAAUGGCAAGAGAUGGUCACGCUGUAGCAGUUCUUAGCGGCGAGUUAACUGUGGAGCAAAGAAUAAAUGUUUUGGACAGAUUCAGGGCCUCCCAAGAAAAAGUCCUUAUCACAACUAAUGUUCUAUCUAGAGGUAUUGAUGUGGAACAAGUGACCAUAGUUGUAAACUAUGACCUACCAGUUAAUCUGCAAGGCGAAGCUGAUUGUGAAACUUAUCUGCAUAGAAUCGGGCGUACCGGUAGAUUUGGCAAAAAGGGUAUUGCCAUCAAUCUGAUUGAUUCAGAUAAUGCUAUGCGAAUUUGCAAAGAUAUAGAGAAGCAUUUUUCCAAGAAAAUUCAUUUUUUGAACGCCGAGGAUUGUGAAGAAAUUGAAAAAAUUGGCCAGUAUUAGUGAGGUUUCAAAUAUUUUUCUGUUUGUUUUCUAUUUCUUAUUAAUUUUUUAAGUUGUUCAAAUUCAUAAGGUUUAUGUAUUUGCUCUUUAAGUUUCGAAGAAUGUUUUUUCUUUAUUUAAUAAAUUAGGCAUUUUUGUAUACAUUA